UGUGUGUGUGUGUCUGCAGUGUAAGCUGAUCGUGUGCCAGAUGAGUAACACCCGUUGCCAACCGCUGAGCUGGCUGUUGGUUCCCAUGGCGACGGUGGUGUUGUUGGCGGUUACAGGGCUGGUUGCUAACGAGACGCUGUUGAUCUACGUGUGGACGGCCAUCGUCAUACUCACACACAUACACUACGGAGUGUCAGUGGUGCACCAGCUCAGCGAUCACUUCAACAUAUUUGCCUUCUCUCUGAUGAAGCCCAGCACUGACUGACAGGACCAGGAGCGAAUCGGCUUGCAGGGAGCAGAGGUUUAGACCCUCCCACCUCCCUCUGCAGCCAACCGCA